GGCGCGAACCUGCCGCUGAGGCUGGGGGAAGCAGCGCGGUGCGUGGCUGUACCCGAUGGAACCCUCUGGUCCUGUUGGACUGCAGGUUUCUCAGAAGGAGUGACUAAUGGAGCAGGGUCCAAGGGAGGACAGGAGGAGAAAGAGGGAGUGAAAGGGUAGCUCUAAAAGAUUGCACCUGAUGUGGACUUUCUGCAAACCUAGUCACUGACAGCAGCUGAAACUGAUGCUUCAGGAUACACAGGAACAAGAGAUGAUGAUGAUGUUGGAGCCGAAGGAAGAGGAGCAUUCUUGGGAACAUGAAACCAAGCUAUCAGGGAACCACUCUACCAGUCAAGAGAUCUUCCGCCAGCGCUUUAGACAGCUCUGCUACCAGGAGGUUCCUGGUCCCCGGGAGGCCCUGAGCCAACUACGGGUACUCUGUUGUGAGUGGCUGAGGCCAGAGAGACAUACCAAGGAGCAGAUCCUGGAGUUACUGGUGCUGGAACAAUUCCUGACCAUCCUGCCUGAGGAGCUCCAGUCCUGGGUGCGGGGACAUGACCCUAAGAGUGGAGAGGAGGCCGUGACUGUGUUGGAAGACUUAGAGAAAGGACUUGAACCAGGACCGCAGGUUCCAGGCCCUGCACGUGGACCUGCACAGGAAGAGCCAUGGGAGAAGAAGGCACCUCUGGGACCAGAACAGGAGGCAGCAGGCAUCCAGCUCCAACCUAAGAAGACCCAGCUCAAGUGUGAAUUUCAGGAGACCCAGCCAUGCCCAGAGAGUGAACAGGUACACAUACAUUUUCCAUUAGUUGCUGCAGAAGAUGUUCCAGAACUCAAGGACAAAGGAUCACUGCCACAGCCACGCAUUACUAAAGUGGAAUCACACAUGUUUUUGGAAAACCUUGCCACUGACACCUCUACGUUUGAAGCUACCUCAGAAGUUAAGGGCACCUUAGAACAGCAGCAGAGAAAUCCCAAAGCAAAAAGACCAAGGCCAUCCCCUGCUCAGAAAAAAAGUUUCAGACAGGUGGUUGGCACCCAUAAGAAAACUCCUACAGGGAAGAAAGACCAUGAAUGUAGUGAAUGUGGGAAAGCCUUCAUUUAUAAUUCACAUCUUGUGAUCCACCAGAGAAUUCAUUCUGGAGAGAAACCCUUUAAGUGUAGUGACUGUGGAAAAACUUUCAAUCAGAGCUCAAACCUCAUUCAGCAUCAGAGAAUUCAUACAGGAGAGAAACCCUAUGAAUGUAAUGAAUGUGGGAAGGCCUUCAGGUGGGGUGCUCAUCUGGUUCAGCAUCGGAGGAUUCAUUCAGGAGAAAAGCCUUAUGAGUGUAAUGAGUGUGGGAAGGCCUUCAGUCAAAGCUCAUAUCUAAGUCAGCAUCUAAGAAUUCACAGUGGGGAGAAACCUUUUAUAUGUAAAGGAUGUGGGAAAGCUUACAGAUGGAGUUCAGAGCUUAUUAGACAUCAGAGAGUUCAUAAUAGCAGGGAUCCUUCCGAGUGUACUGAAGGUGAGAAAGUCUCCAGACAAACUUGUACUUUUGUCUAAUCUAUUUAGAACUAGCGCCCAUAAAAGUGUUAAGCACCUUAAGGUUUUUCCUGUGUCUUUCUUGAUUUAGGAAAAACUACAUAGUGUCACCUGCACAUUUUAUUACUUUCUAUCUUUUGACUAAGAUGCCUUUGGCUACAAAUAUUAGUCAAUUUGUGCUGCUGCUCCUUUGUGGCAUAAAUUUGAACAACUUCCUGAGCUGCUGCCCACUAAUAAAGUAAGGAUAGUAAUGUCUAUUUCAGAAGAGUUCUAUUCCUGGCACAGAACAGCUGGUCAAGCAGGGAUCAUUAUAUUCAAAUUUUCUUGUGAAAUUUUUGGUCCUGUCUCUUUCUCAGACCUAUAUUAGUCUGUGUCCUGGAACACGGUUACCUUUAAAUGUCCAGACAGGAGUUGGAAACCACACUAGUGAAUUAAACGGAAAGCCGAUAAAAAAAAAUUAAGUAGUAAAGGGGGGUUAUAUAAUAAAGGAGUUAAUGAGAUCUCUAAAGAAUAUAAGAAUAGCGGGACAGGAUACAGCUACUACCUGUAGGGCUGAGGAGAAUAUUCACUAAAGAAGUGCUUAGAAGCCCCCAUCCACCAACUCCUGCCCAAGAUUGAAAUUCAGACCUCAUUGGACAGGGUAUGCUGUUCCAGAGGUAUGCUAGAACCAGCUUGCAAAAGCCAGUCUUGCAUAUUUCCUCCCAAAUCUGCCAUGAAAUUAGUUGUGGUGAGAAUAUUCACACCGUGCAAAUCAGCAAAUCCAACAAAGCAGAGAAGUUUUGUUUCUGAGCUGUUUUAACUAUUUGCCAACACAAUACUGGCUACAGCACACGGGGAUUUCACUAACAUGAAAAGGCCAAGACUGGUGAGCAGGAAGCCAAUAAUUUAGCUGCAGGUGAAACUCCCCAGAGGGUGUGUGCUUCUGGAUCUCCUGUACACCAGUAAUAGCUGUGUUACAAGAUCAAGACAGAAAAAAACAGAACUUAAAAACAACCCUUCCUCUUUGCCUUGUCCCUUCAGUACCCUUUACUGACAAAGCCUAACAUUAUGCCACCUGAAAAAAGGAAAAUCUAUCACUUUGUUUUGCUUUAUCAUAAGCAAAACAGAGAUUUGGAGCUAGGAGACAAUAGAUUGAUCACUGGCCCACAUUUCAAGCUCCUUCCCACCUUAAGACCUCUGUCCUUGUUCUUUACCCCCUGCCUUCACGCUUUCUUUGUAGUUACAUAAGUCACACUCUUUACCUAGAUCUGUAUUUCAGUGUUAGCAGACUUUCCUAACUAACAGAUUUAUUUCUCUCACAUAAACUUCCAGAGGUAGCAGUUGAUCAGUAAGUUACAGCUUAAGGGUCAAGUUAAAUCCACCUGCUUGUGUAUGGUGUACAAUGAAUGCUAAGAAUGAUUUUUACAUUUUUAGGUAUUUAAGAAUUAGGGAUUGAACCAGGAGUCUCUGCACUGAGCU